AUGCGCAAGGCAAUAUAUGCAGGAUUUCCGAGGCGUUCCAUCAUACUGUGCUGGAAGCGAGGAGAAGCGGGAGAACACGACUGCACCGAGAUGACGUUCCAGUUACCAAUAGUCCGGCCAUACAAAGUACAACGAAGUUGCCUACCCACAGAGCAACCCGGUCGUUUUGCACCGUUUCCCCCUGCCCAGCGGUCCGCCUUUCUUUGCUUUUUCCCCCUCGGACCCUUCGCUGUUCUUUUCUCCCCCCUCCGCCUUGGCGACAUGACAGAGCGCGCUGGGAACAGCCGACGCUCAGAUUUUGGCGGUCGCACGUCCGAGCUGUCAGGUUACCCGGCGGUCGAGCAUACGGGGGUCUGUACCUCGUGGGGGUUGCAGGAUUGGUCGCCGUCGAAUAUUAGCGACGAGAAGGGGUCGUAG